AUGUCACAAGAACAAAAAGAAGGUGCCUAUACACCUCAGCAGCAAUACCAACCAGCGGCAGCAACAGCAGCAGCAGAAGCAACAGCAGCAACAGCAGCAGAUUCACCUCCAGCCGGUCUAACCCCCCAUGAGGCAGUAGCAGCACCAGUUGCUGCUGCUGCUGCACAUACACCUCAGUUUGCAUAUGCUGAAAGGGUCUCUGUGGAGCCGCAUUAUGCUGUGCCUUGCAACCAGCAGCAGCUUGCUGCAGCAAGCUGCAGCAACAACAGCAGCAGCAGCAGCAACAACAGCAGCAACAGCGGCGACAGCAGAGUUACUCAAGCAGCAGCAGCGAAUCCUUUCGGCGUAUCUUUGAUGCCCGCUGCGCACCUCCCUCCACAACCACCAGUGCCUCCUCCUCCUCCUCCAGGUCGCCCUUUUGCUGCUCCUGCAGCAGCAGCAGCAGCAGCAGCAGCAGCAAGUGCUGCAGCGGGUGCUUCAGCAGCAAUCUUCUACCAAUCUGCCUCCUCGGGUGUAUCUCCAGCUGCGAACUUUGCGUCUUUUUUGUCUCCUGCGUUUAUCCGGCUGCAGUUGCCCUGCCGGCUCGCGGGAGGCAGCAUGGUGCCGUUUAGUGCUCGCAUUUUGUUUGCGGUCGCCCCACACUUCUGUGGAAGUUCUAUCGAUAGCGUAUCCGCCUUAUCUUUGCUGCUGCAGCACUGCAAGCAGCAGCUGCAAGCAGCAGCAGCAGCAGCAGCAGCAGCAGCAACAGCAGCAACAGCAGCAGCAAACGACUCUUGCAACCACCUCCAUAGGCUGUGGAGGGCCCGCCUUAUUCGAACUGCUUUCCUCCUAGCUGUCGUAUUGACAGCAGCAAACUACCCAGAGUCUUCAUCUCGUUGUGGUGUGCACAUGGGGUGUACGGACUGCGCGGAGCAGUACUUCACUUACGCUGACUGUUCUGGUUUUUCGGAGAGUUGCAUUCGCAAUACAAACCACGGUUUGCUGCUGCUGUUUACGCGGCGUGUUGCAGCAGCAGCAGAAGCAUUUGAAGCUGCUUUGCAUGCAUCAUCAAGGAUGUCUCUGGGUUCUUCACUUGGGUUUCCUUUGGGUGUAUGCGUUAAUGAUAAAGAAUCGGCAGAAGAAGAACAAGAAAAAGACGAAGACGAAGACAGCUGGGAUGCUGCAUGCUUGAUGUUCAGCCCCACGCCGCAUGCAGUUUGCUGCAACAACUCCGCAGUAGCAAAGUUUUUCUCCAAGCGUCUCGAAGAUGCAACAACUGCUCUCGAGGGUUUGGUUCACGGAAACCCUUCUGGCGCUUUCCCCGGGAGUGUGCGGAAUUUGAUGACUUUGUAUGAAUUCGGAGCAAAGAGAGAUGAAUGCCUCGCCUUGCUGCAGCAAACCCUAAAAACAGCAGCAGCUCAAGACAAACAAAUACAGCAAAUCCUAUCCGAUUUGCUGGUGCUGUAA